AGGUUAGGCUGGGAGAAGACUGCGCUCUGAUGAUGGUCCUGCUCUCUUGUCGAGGACCGCCCCGGGUGGACAUCAGGUGCCCAUGCUGAGUGAAGCGUCCAGGGAGGGGGCGCCUGGCCCGGAUGCAGGACCAGAGCUGGGUGAACGGACACAAUUCCAUUUCCCAGAAACCGCCUGGAAACAGUGAGGAAUCACGUUUACCUUUGCAUGGAGGAGAGCAGAAUGGUAAAUUUGAUGCUAAGAAGUGGAGGCAUUUUCUUCCAGCCAUGAACUCUUCAUUUCAACCGCAUUUCUUGAAUCUUACCCUGAAUUCCACGGAGGACAGCAUUUUAGGACCAGAUGUCAAGAACACAUCUUCAGCCUGUGGGGACAUGGGUAUAGCUGUGGAGGUGUUCCUGACUCUGGGUCUCAUCAGCCUCUUAGAGAACAUCCUGGUCAUUGGGGCCAUAGUGAAAAACAAAAACCUGCAUUCACCUAUGUACUUCUUUGUGGGCAGCUUAGCAGUAGCUGACAUGCUGGUGAGCAUGUCCAAUGCCUGGGAGACCAUCACCAUAUACUUGCUAAAUAAUAAACAUCUGGUGAUAGCAGACACCUUUGUGCGUCACAUUGACAAUGUGUUUGACUCCAUGAUCUGCAUUUCUGUUGUGGCCUCCAUGUGCAGUUUGUUGGCCAUUGCAGUGGACAGGUACAUCACCAUCUUCUACGCCUUGCGCUACCACCACAUCAUGACAGCAAGGCGUUCGGGGGUGAUUAUCGCGUGCAUAUGGACUUUCUGCAUAAGCUGUGGCAUUGUUUUCAUCAUUUACUAUGAGUCCAAGUAUGUCAUCAUUUGCCUCAUCUCCAUGUUCGUCACCAUGCUGUUCUUCAUGGUUUCUCUGUAUAUAAACAUGUUCCUCUUGGCACGGAACCAUGUCAAGCGCAUAGCAGCUUCCCCCAGGUACAAUUCUGUGAGGCAAAGGACCAGCAUGAAGGGUGCCAUCACCCUCACCAUGCUACUCGGGGUUUUCAUUGUGUGCUGGUCUCCCUUCUUCCUUCACCUUAUCUUAAUGAUUUCAUGCCCCCAGAACAUCUAUUGCUCUUGCUUUAUGUCUUACUUCAACAUGUAUCUUAUACUCAUCAUGUGCAAUUCUGUGAUUGAUCCUCUGAUAUAUGCCUUCCGCAGCCAAGAGAUGCGGAGGACCUUUAAAGAGAUCAUUUGUUGUCAUGGCUUCAGACUCAUUUGUAGGCUCUGUGGCAGGUAUUGAACACACCCCCCUCUCUGUGGCUCUCAUCUCUUAGUCAAUAAGAUUCAUCCAGGGGAUAAGCAAGGUGUCUAGGAAUCUCAAAUGUAUUCUUUAUCUCUUCUGCUGCUGAAACUUUUUUUAAACCUGUGUUCAUUGUGUAUCAGAAGUAUACACAGGUAGUUUGUCUCCAUCAUGGGAAUGGUCUCUGACACAUAUCUUUGCAUCUUACUCUUUCUCUUAUUCCCAUUCAGUUUCUAGAAGGCUUUACCACCCUCAACCUGACCUGAUAGGUGACCUUAUGAGAUGCAUAAUAUUCUGGGUGAGCUGUUAUUGAAAGAAACACUGUGGAGAUCAAUGACACCACGAGUGGCUUUUUUUGUUUUGUUUUUCUCAUGAAAAAAGUGGAUGCACCUUUUGCAUUCUUUUCAGAAAUAGAGACACCCAGCUCUUUUCCACUUGAAACUUCCAUUUUAUUUGCACUGGGUGUCCCUACAGUGCUCCUAUCCUAACUUCUAGUUUAUAGCUUGUAUUUAGAAUUGCCUAAGGAUCAACCUGUCCAUCAUCGUUUUGAACUUACUCAGAUAUACAAUGCUGUGAUACCACCUUACUCCAAGUGAAAGUCUCCAUAACUCUUUCUCCCUGUCUUAUUUUGAUUCAAUUCAGCACUUCCAAGAAAUAUUUCGGGGUCACAUCAGGACCAUAGGCACACACACACACUCGCUCCAUGUAGCACAUGGCCAUAGUCAACCUAGCUUGAUUUUCUCAUACACAGUGUUUCAGCAUCUCUUGCUGUCUAAGUCUUUGUCAUUAUAUGUGUUUCAGCAUCUUAAACUGACUGGAGCUCUCAUCGGGAGUCCAUUCUAAAACAAAGAAAUACCAUGUUCUCUAGUCUGGCAUGGAGGAAAGGAGCUCAAGCUCAGGCACUAACUGCCAUUCCCCUGGUUAUAUGUCCCUAAUUUCACUCCAGGUUCCACAUCUGUGCUGACUCCCAAGAUGAUCAAAAGAACUACCUGAAAGCAGUGGGAGAACUUUUUGUAAAAUUCUAAAUCCACAUAGGAUUCUCUUUUUUACACAAAAGAACUGAUCCACAUGGCCUACCAGAAACAAACAUUAAGGAAGGAUUUAAGUGUCGGUGGCCAGAGCAGUGUUUUGGACACCAAGAUGUGCUUUGUUCAAUGGAGCCAUGUGACCCUCUGGGUCCUAGUGUUCUCAUCUGAAGGAAAAAGUAUGAUACCCUAGAGCACACAGGCUCCAUUUUACAGUAGUAUCUAGGUUUUAUUAUUUUCUGUUUCAUUGGAUAUUUGGCAUCUAGACUGAUUCCAAAUGGAAAAAAAAAAACCCAACAACAAUGAAGCAAUGGAUAUAGACGGCGUCCCACAAUGAGUUACUGGUAUAAGAAGAAUCAUUCUACAGAAAAAUUUAAAGGUAGAAUAACUUUCAAGAAUAGUCACAUGAAUAAGCUUGUGGGCAUUACCACUAGGAGCUCAGUAUAGAAAAAACAAACAAAUAAACCAAAACAGCAAAUGCAUGAGAUGUCCAAAGCUUUACAAAAUGACAAAUUGGUAGCUUGAUUGCAACUGAUUUGAAAAGAGCAUGUAGCCUUUAGAAAUGUUUCCUGCUGGUUUGUAUUUGCUGAAAGUUCACAGGCACAUCUACGAAUAAGAAGUAGCCAGGCGGUGGUGGCGCACGCCUUUAAUCCCAGCACUCGGGAGGCAGAGACAGGCAGAUCUCUGUGAGUUCGAGGCCAGGCUGGACCGACAGCCUCCAAAACAAUACAGAGAAACCCUGUCUCAUAAAAA